GAAGGGGAAGUGUGUACUAAAGUUGAUUGCCAAGGAUUAGCUUUUAAAACACUAAAGUAAUUCAUGGACCUUUAUAUGCACAAUAUAUUAUCCAACUAAUGAUUUUUGCAUGCACCCACCUAACAGCCCACACACGACCAAUUGUUGGAAAGCUCGCACAACACAACUAUCCGCCCGUUAGCUCAGCGCAAAGCCGCAAACAAGCCUUCACCGAACGCCUCUGCAACACCACUGUAGGCUGUAGCGUCUAACAGCAUUUCUCAGCGCGCCAAGUACAUUUGCACGUGUCCCGGAAACGCUUUUCUUCUUCUUUCAAAGAGCGAAGAUGGCUUCACAGAACCCAUGUUCUGAUAAGCAGAGAGUCAUAAUUCCCAACAAGCAUGGUCAAAAGCUUGUUGGCAUAUUACACGAAUGUGGAACUACCAACAUUAUAAUCUUGUGUCACGGUUUUCGAUGCUCCAAAGAUAGUAGUCUGAUAUUGAACCUUGCUGUGGCAUUGGAAAAUGCCAGAAUCUCUUGUUUCCGCUUUGACUUUUCUGGAAAUGGAGAAAGUGAAGGUUCGUUUCAGUUUGGUAAUUAUGGGGCUGAGGUUGAUGAUUUACAUGAUGUAAUUCAACAUUUCCGUGAAUCAAACCGUGUAAUCAGUGCAAUUAUUGGGCACAGUAAAGGAGGUGACGUGGUGCUUCUUUAUGCAUCAAAAUAUCAUGGCAUUAAAACAGUUAUUAACCUCUCUGGACGCUACAAUCUGAAGAACGGCAUUGAAGAACGCCUUGGAAAAGAUUAUUUGGAAAGAAUUAGGAAGGACAGCUUCAUUGAUGUCAAGAAGAAAAGGUCAGCAAGUGUUGAGUUCCGUGUAACUGAGGAAAGCUUGAUGGAGCGCAUCAGUACAAACAUGCAUGAAGCAUGCCUUCGGAUUGACAAAGAAUGCAGGGUGCUUACAAUUCACGGUACCUCUGAUGAAAUUAUCCCUGUGGAAGAUGCACAUGAGUUUGCAAAGAUCAUACCAAACCACAAGUUAUAUAUUGUUGAAGGUGCUGAUCACGGAUACACAAAUCAUCAAGAUGAGUUAGCCUCUCUUGUUUUGAAUUUCAUAAAGGAAAUAUUACAGCAGGACAAUUGUACUACCAGCUAGGUUUUGUCCUCUGCCUAGCAUAUGAACUUUCCCUUAUUGCAUGACAUAAGUUUUCCUAAUUGUAUAAUCAUAGUCAUUACACUCAGAUUGGAUCACUUGUUCAACCAUAGGUCAGGCACUGAUUUGAUCAAUUCUCUGACUUCCACUCGGAAUUUGUCAGUUCGGUUUA